AAACAAGAGUCAAACUUUGCUGCAAAGGAUUGGUGUGAUGAAGCAGAUGACUGGGGAGUCUGUGAUGGAGCAGAAUCUCCUGCAUGUGCCUCCCUUCAGCUGCUUGGCUUAAAUGAAGCAGUGAGCAGUUCCUUGUCCAGAGAGAUGGAGUGUGCAUUCCAGUUCCAGCAGCUUCACUUGUCUGAAGCUACAAAUGAGUCAGGUUCCCCAAAUACACAUCCUCCGGUCAGUGAGGGAGUGGUAACGGCAACGUCUAGUUCAGCUCCUGUGUUCCAGCCCUUUUACAUUAGUGUUGUGGAUGAGGAAGACUACAUUGGUUUCCUUGAUACAGAUCAUGCAAAUAAGCUAUUGAAGGAAUAUCAGCAGAGGGAGGGUGUUGAUUUGGAACAGUUGAUGUCAGAAAGUUUCGCAGGUGAAGGUGAUAAUGAAAAAUAUGAGAAGAGUGAAGUCAAAAGCAGGGACCACACAUUCCAUAAAUUUAUGAAAAGAAUAUCUGUGUGUCAUGAACAGAUUCUAAGAUACUCUUGGGGUGGCCAACCUUUAUUCAUAACGUGUCCUCCAGCCAACAUUAACAAAGGUAUUCCAGCCUGCGGUAACUGUGGAAGCAGCAGAAUAUUUGAAUUCCAACUUAUGCCAGCGCUGGUCAGCAUGCUCCAGAGUGAUUCAGAUCUGUCAGUGGAAUUUGGAACUGUUAUAGUUUACACAUGUGAGAGAAGCUGUUGGCCAACAAAUCAUCAAACCCCUCUUGAAGAAUUUAUUUUUGUACAAGAAGACCCAGAUCAGAAGUUAUUUAAAUAAAUUUUAUUUCUCCGCAUAGAUGGAAA